AUGGGAGCCGGGGCGGUUUUAGAGCCGCUCGUCGUCAUUGUCCUCCUCUUUGGAGGCACUUGGAUCAAUCGAGUUACCGAUGCUGCCUUAUCACGACGUGUAAGUCGUCGCAGUUCAUUCGGCUACCCACGAGCUUCGUCUCCGGAUUCCCUCGAGUCGGGUUAUACUACACCAACGCCUAAAGAUAGUCUCUUGAGUCCAGGAGCUUCCUUUCCACCGCUACAACCGGACGAUCACUGGCACAAACGAGUCAUUGGAAUCUUCAGUUUGACCUGCAGUGUGACCUCCCCAAACACUGCCGUGUUCCAGGACCGUCUCCUCAGUCGUCUGCUUCGAAAGUUGCCGUUCCUGGUUGAAUGUUGGUACUGGGCACUUGUAUAUUGGACAUAUCAGCUUGGCCGCGCAUUCACCGCCGUGACCCUCAAAGAAGGAACCGUCGAUAUCGCCCGCGGACAUGCAUUGGAAGUAAUAAAGCUGGAGGAGAAACUGGGUAUCUUUUGGGAACUUCCGAUCCAACAUUUCUUCCUCCGACACCCUCUGUUAAUGACUUGGAUUAAUUCGAUAUACUCCUUCAUCCAUAUCCCCGGUACCAUCGCCUUUCUCGUAUGGCUAUACUACUAUACAAUCACUCGCAACCGCAUCAAUGAGCCUCAACCAGGCAAGCCCCGAGGUAUUGUCAGUGGCUCACCCGCGGGCCCACUACUCUAUCAGGCCCGACGCCUUACUCUGGCAGUAUGCAAUCUACUCGCGUUUGUGGUUUUCACUUUGUGGCCCUGCAUGCCACCCCGCCUACUGAGCGAUCCAACAAUCGAAGGCCCCGAGGCGGAACUUGGGCGCAGCUAUGGAUUUAUUGAUACAGUUCACGGCGAGAAUGGAGCGAAAAGCGUCUGGACAGAAAAUCGCUUUUGCAAUAAAUAUGCGGCGAUGCCAUCUCUGCAUUUCGGAUAUUCUUUGAUGAUCGGCUUAACAAUCAUGACCAUUCCACUCCCUACUCAUCACCGACGAACCCUCCGCAUACGCAUCGGACGUCUGGGUCUCCGCAUACCUUCAUGGCGCCGACUAUUAUGCACAAUGCUCGGAUUCUUAUACCCAUUCAUCAUAUUGGUCGCGAUUGUCUCGACGGCCAACCAUUUCAUUCUCGACGCUGUUGCGGGAGCGUUUGUCUGUGGUCUUGGGUGGUGGUCUAAUGGUGUUCUGUUGAAUCUGUUACCUGUGGAAGAUUACUUCCUUUGGCUGGUGCGAAUUCACAAGCCUGAGCCAUCACGAAUGCAGUUGUUGGAUAGUUCGAGUGGUUGGGACUCGGACGAGUCGUAUACACGGCACCCAUAA